GCGGGCUGCGUCCGCGCGCGCGUCCCCCCCGCCCGGCCGCGGCGGUGGUUCGCUCCGGUCGCAGGGCGCUGGCCGCACCCGGCGGGCGGCGGCGCUCGGGGCUCGGGGCCGUCAUGCUGGAGCUGCUGGCGGCCGCGCUGGCCCUGGCGCUCGCCUACUUCGCGCUGCUGGACGGCUGGUACCUGGUGCGCGUGCCCUGCGCCGUGCUGCGCGCGCGCCUGCUGCAGCCGCGCGUCCGCGACCUGCUGGCCGAGCAGCGCUACCCUGGCCGCGUCCUGCCCUCAGACCUGGACCUGCUGCUGCACAUGAACAACGCGCGCUACCUGCGCGAGGCCGACGUGGCGCGCGCCGCGCACCUGGCCCGCUGCGGCGUGUUGGGGGCGCUGCGGGAGCUGGGGGCGCACGCCGUGCUGGCCGCCUCGUGCGCGCGCUACCGCCGCUCGCUGCGCCUCUUCGAGGCCUUCGAGGUGCGCACCCGCCUGCUAGGCUGGGACCACCGCGCCUUCUAUCUGGAAGCGCGCUUCGUCAGCGCGCGCGACGGUUUCGUGUGCGCGCUGUUGCGCUCCCGCCAGCACGUGGUGGGCGUCACGCCGGAGCGCGUCGUGCAGCACCUGUGCAAGCGCAGGGUGGAGCCGCCGGAGCUGCCCGAGGAUCUGCAGCACUGGGUCUCCUACAAUGAAGCCAGCAGCCGACUGCUACGGGCCGAGAGCGGGCUGGAUGCCUCCUCCAAGGACCAGUGACCUGCUGCCCACCCCCCACCCUGUCACCGACCCCUCUGGGCUCCACCCCGCUCUCGGCUUGGGAUUCGGGACGCAGGCAUCCUGACGACGGCCCUGCGGGCACUGCCAAGCAGAAUCCCGGGAGGGGUCGCCGCUGCAUGGUUCGCUUGGGAGGGUACCGCUGCUGGCCGGUAGGCCUCUAAAAAGACCAGAGGCCAUGGGGGCGCCUGCGCAGAGAGGCCUGGGCUGUGGGCUGUGGGAGCGUGGGGGACUGCUGCCCACCGUGGCCGCAGGGUGCUGCCCGGCGCCCCUGACUGAGGCUGCCAGCCCAAUGUCGCCCAGCAUCCCGGCCGCCAGAGCAUCACCGAGCACAGCUGCCCAGCGCCGCUGCCUCCCCGCCGCGCGCACGUGCAAAGCCACUAUACUCUGUUCUAUUUAUUUAAAGAAAGUCUGAUUAAAGCGUUGGAAACGGA